UAUCUCCUCUUCCUUUGUCCGCAAGGGGGCUCGCUCUCCCCCAUUCGAUUUGACUCCCCCCCUUCCAUCCGUAUUUUCGGCGUUUACAUUGUUUAAUCCAAAUCUCAGAGACGCCACAUUGGACCUUUCGGUCUCGAUCGCUUUACAAAAGGCCUCCCCAUCUCUUUCUGGUUUUUCACCACAUUCGGUCUCCGUCUCCCUCCGAUCUCGAGUUCAGCAAGCGAGAGAGAGAGAGAGAGAGAGAGAGAGAGAGAGAGAAAUGGGGAGUUUGGGAGCCAUCCUGAAGCACCCGGACGAUUUCUACCCGCUGCUGAAGCUGAAGAUCGCGGCAAGGAAUGCAGAGAAGCGGAUCCCUCCGCAGCCGCACUGGGGAUUCUGCUACUCCAUGCUCCACAAGGUCUCCCGGAGCUUCGGCCUCGUUAUCCAGCAGCUCGGCCCCGAGCUUCGCGACGCGGUGUGCAUAUUUUAUUUGGUCCUGCGAGCACUUGAUACAGUUGAGGAUGACACAAGCAUACCUACUGAUGUCAAAGUGCCUAUCCUGAAAGCUUUUCAUCAGCAUGUGUAUGAUAAGGAGUGGCAUUUUUCAUGUGGUACAAAAGAGUACAAGGUUCUAAUGGACCAAUUUCAUCAUGUUUCAACUGCUUUCCUGGAGCUGGGGAAAAGUUACCAAGAGGCAAUUGAUGAUAUUACUAAAAGAAUGGGAGCAGGAAUGGCAAAAUUUAUAUGCCAAGAGGUGGAAACAGUUGAUGAUUAUGAUGAAUAUUGCCACUAUGUGGCAGGACUCGUUGGUAUAGGUCUGUCAAAGCUUUUCCAUGCUUCAGGAACUGAAGAUCUGGCAUCAGAUUCUCUAUCCAAUUCAAUGGGUUUGUUUCUUCAGAAAACAAAUAUUAUUCGAGAUUAUUUGGAGGAUAUCAAUGAGAUUCCAAAGUCACGCAUGUUUUGGCCUCGUCAGAUUUGGAGUAAAUAUGUAAACAAACUCGAGGACUUGAAGUAUGAGGAGAACUCAGAGAAGGCAGUGCAAUGUUUGAAUGACAUGGUCACCAAUGCCUUAACACAUGUUGAAGACUGUUUGACAUACUUGUCUGCCUUAAGUGAUCCUGCUAUAUUCCGGUUUUGUGCUAUUCCUCAGAUAAUGGCAAUUGGAACAUUAGCUUUAUGCUACAACAACAUUGAAGUUUUCAGAGGUGUAGUAAAGAUGAGACGAGGUCUUACUGCUAAAGUUAUUGAUCGCACAAAAACAAUGGCUGAUGUUUAUGGUGCUUUCUAUGAUUUUUCUUGUAUGCUGAAAUCCAAGGUUGACAAGAAUGAUCCUAAUGCUACAAAGACAUUAAGCAGAAUCGAGGCUUCCCAGAAGGCUUGCAGAAAUUCUGGCCUCCUAAACAAAAGGAAAUCUUACAUCAUUGCAAGUAAAUCCAGAUACAGCUCCAUCCUGGUGGUCGUUUUGCUCAUUAUACUGGCGAUAAUUUUGGCUCAACUGUCUGCAAGCAGAUCAAGCAACUAGUGGUCAUGGAGAUUGGGUUGAUGCAGAUGCAUGUAUUAAGGAGUUAUGCUUUGAUAUAUAUCUUGUAAUUUGCUCUUGGUAAAAGUAGAGAGAAUUUACCUUGUCCUUCCCCUUCAAAGAAACGGAAAUAAAUUCAACAUUUAAUUUUUCUGAAAAUAUAUUUCAGCGCCAACUUACUAA